GUCCCGCAAGUCCGAGGGGGUCACAAUCCAACGGAGGGGACCCCGGGGGCGUGGCCGGGGCGCGGGUGGACGUCCCCCGCAGUGCUGAGCAAGAGGCGGCCGCGCUACGUACAGUCCGGCUUUAGCCUGGCCCAGGUGGCCCCAGAGGCUGGACCUGCCCCUUCUGCAGAGACCGUGGUGAACGUGAAGCACUUCCCAGGCCCGUGACACCAAACGCGGAUCCCGUUACAUGAGGGUGGCCAUAGUUCCACGUAGGAGAGGCCUGGGCGAACCGUCGUUAUCCCUCUUCUGAGUGAAAAGUUCAGCAGCAUUUUCGCUUGUCUCUACUAUCCCCUGUGAAAAGGGGAACCGGCUAAACCCUGCAGAGCAGCUGCUCUUCCCCCCCCCCCCGGCAACGUAAAUCUCAUCAUGCCUGGCGCUAACCUGACGUUGAAAUUGACGGUUGGAUGGUUCAAUGUUCAAAACCAGAAGACUCGCCCCAGGGUGCACUGGAUGAUCAGGGGCGUUCUGCACAGGAGUGGUUUGGCAUCUUGGAGGAGAGAGUAAAUAAGGCCCACUCUCUCUUCACUCAGUUCUUUAACUACCUCUUGUCUCUCCUGCUCCCGCCCCCCAAAUGCCACUCUAUGUACCCCAUGGCCAAUCCCAACCUAUCAUUCACCUUCGGGGCAGGAGAGAAGUGGGGAUACCAAUGCAGGCUGGGGCAAUAACCACUUGUACAAUGUAGUGAUGCCUAUAGACUUGUCAUGCUGCCUGGACUUGUCCAGGAAACACAUGUGCACUCACCUAGCUUGUGCUGUUUCAGCAGCUGAGUUGAUAAUAGAAAUUUAGAUUGCAAAGACUGCUUGAAUUCACAAAAAAACAGCACAUAGCUUUUUUUUUUUUUUAAACUGAUUCGGACACAUGCAUUCUUGGGUUUCAGAGAACAUUUAGAAUGCACAUUAACAUUUAUUUUUUUCAUUAUGAGAAUAAAAAAACCCGAAUCAUUCAGCUUUUUGCUGCUUUCUUGCUGCUCUGGUUGGAGUACUAGCCUGCUAUUCACACUGUUACUUUUGCCUCUUAAUAAUAAUAGGAAGAUCUCUGUACUAAUUACCAGACCAUUAAAUGUUUCACUUAAAAAACAAAAAUGGGAUGGGUCAUGUCAAUUCAGAACAUUGGCUAUUAAAUCCAGGAUCUGGAAGCAGUGGCCUCUAUUUGAUUAUUCAGUGAAGGAGAGAGUUUCUCUAUUGCACCAACUCAGGAGCUAGUAAAUUAGUACAAUUGUCUGAAAAGGCAAAAUUUCUUCCCAAUUGUCAAUUUACUCCCGCAUCCAGAUAAUAAAAGGACAUUUAAGGAUCAGAACAAAUUCCCUUCAGCUGAAAUCUUAAAUACAUACCCCCUUGUACUCCCCAAAGUAGUGAAAUUUGCCCAAAGGGUUGGGCCCUGGUACAGCAAACUCCCUUGCAAAAGAGUCACUAGUGCUAGCUCUAUUCAACUAGUACUAAGCAUUACGCAAGUCUUAGGGGCUACUUCAUAAUAUUUUCCCCCCCAUUCAAACUAAACUUUGACUGGUUUAAUUUUAAUUUCUUUCCCCAUCUCCUUAUGUUGCUCUGUCUGGUGAUCCCUUGUGACUAACUGAAGAGGUAGUACUGAUAGACCCUUCAACUAGUGGCCUCUAUGUAGUCAUCUUCACUAGAGGAAGGAUCACGUUGUGGUAAUGUUGGGGAGGCAGAGUUUAAAAAUUUUGGAAGAAACACGUUCUCUUUUGGCACCACUACCCCUACACAUGCACAAAAAGUAGUGGUGGUAGCGAGUGUGCAGUUUAGAACCUUACUUUUGUGAGUUGGGAGUAAUGGGAGAAAUACACUUGUGGGAUUUGAAUGAAUCACAAACUGUUGCCUAGUGGUAACAAUUAUGAAUAUAAUUUAAAAAUCGUAUCUAGAAUCUCUUGAAAUCAUCUAUGGACAUUAAUUUGCAUAAACAUAUAGCUCAUGGCCUGGUCCCUGCUGCUACCAUAGCUCCUAAACCUGCAGUUCCCCGCACCCCUCCCCCUCGUAGUCCAAACCCUUCUCCAGAAAGGCCCAGAUCUGCCCUAGCAGCAGCUAUUCUAGUGACAACUUUAACUGGGCGUACCAUUGCUAUUCCCCAGCCUCGUCAACGAUCACUUUCUGAAAGUGAUACCAGCUGUUUGGAACAAGAGUGUUUUAUUGAGCCCUAUGCCACAGUCACUGAGCUCAAACUGGGGCCCAAUUGGAAGCAUGAUGAUAGUGAAAGAUCUCCUGUGCAGUCGCUGGAAGUGUCAGGCAAUCCUUGUAAAGAUGAGGACAUGGAUACAUAUCUUUCAGAGACAGAAAAAGAGCCAGAGCACAACUAUCAGGGUGCAGAGAAAAGAGAGGAAAGCUUCAGCAAUGAUGCUAUUUAUGCUGUUCCCUAUAAAAAUAAAAAGGUAAAGCUUCCAGUAUCUUCUAGUGUUGAUCUUGAUGAGAAUAAAAUUUCAUCCCAUGAAGCUGCAUUUCCGAUUUUAGUAGACCAGUCAAAUAUACAAGUGGAAGAAGAUGAACCGCCUGUUUUGAAUUUAAAGGAGCAAAAACUGGCAGUUGAAAAUCCACUAAGCGAAAAGCCUCCACCAUCCCCAGAUGUAUCUGUUCGGGCAAGACAAGGACGGAUGGAGACAACUAAAGAGAAGUUCCAAGAACUAAAACAAGAAAAUUGGUCUCUAAUCAAUGCAAAUCAGACUAUGGCCCUACAACUUGAGGAACUAAAACAACAAAUAAAGGAACUACAAUUAAAACUUAAGACACUGGAAAAAGAAAAUAAAAAAUGUAGAAAAGCUGCAGAGAGUUCACAUAAGGAAGAGGAAGUUGCAGAAUUGCUUUCACUGAGACAACAAGCUCAGGAACUGGUAGAUGAAAAUGAUGGUUUGAAAAUGACUGUCCAUCGUCUGAAUGUGGAAUUGAGUCGCUAUCAAACCAAAUUCAGGCCGUUGUCCCAAGAUGAGAAUAUAAAAAUUGGAGGUCUGCCAACGAAAGGGCCACCCCCUCCCUGGCUGCUGGAUAUGAAAUAUUUGUCACCUCUCCUACUGGCGUAUGAAGACAGAAUGCGAGAAAAGGAAGAUUUAAAUCUUGCACAUGAGGAGGACAUGAAGAAGUUUAGGAUACGAGUUGAAGAAUUGGUGAAGGAGAAUGAACAACUGCACCAGCAAUUAAAUAAAAAUAGUUCUGUUACCCUGAAGGAAUGGCAACAGCUGCAAACUCAGGCAAAGCUGGUUUUGGAAGAAAAUGGUGUGUUGAUGGAGCAACUUGAAAUUCAGCAGGCUAAAGCAAAGGAGAGUUACAACCAACAUCUUCAGGAAGUUUCAAAAUUGACCAAACAGCUAAUGGUUUUGGAAGCUAAGAAACAGAGCCAGGAAGAGGAGAUAUCAGAGAAUCAGAAGCAGCUGAAGUCUUUAUGCUCCACGUGUGAAGAACUGAAAGCCAAUCUGAAUGGCAGAGUAACAGCAGAGGAGCAUGUUGCUUUGGUAAAUGCAUUAAGAAGUCAGUUGCAACAGGAACAGGAAAAGCAAAGUGCUGAGCUGGGAGAUCUAAUGGAAAGGCUAGCAUCAUUGCAAGCACAGAAAAAGAGCCUGCUCUUAGAGAAAAAUGACCUAGUUGCUGAAAACAAGAUCCUGGAAGCUGAGCUGAAAAUGGCACAAAAGACAAAUAGGAAAUCACAGAAGAAAAUAGGUCUUCUGAAACAGCAGUUGGGAGAAGCAAUGGAAAAGGAAGUGGCAGCUCAUCAGUACUUAGCAAAUCUUAUUAGCUUGGCAGAGAAUAUAAGUCAGGAACGUGACCAUCUUAUACAUUUGGCCAAAUGCUUGGAAAGUGAGAAGCAUGGAGUUCUGAACAAAAUAAUAGAAGGGAAUGUACGCUUAGGAAGAUUAGAAGAGAAGGUUCGGGUAUACAAAAAGAAAGCUGCUGGGAAGCUUGGAGACAUCAAUCUCAAAAUGACCGAGCAAGAGAAGGAAUUUGCUGGGAAGGCUUCUCAGUACCAGCGUGAAAUGAAGCACCUCCAGCGGCUGCUGCAAGACAAGCAAGAAACCCUUGAUGAAGUGCUGCAGCAGAAAAGAGAAGUGGAAGGUGAACUUGAAAUAGUUUGGGAAUCUACCUCCAAAGAGAACCGGAGAAUGAAAGAAUUCUUGCAUAAAUCUCUGGAGAAAAAUAACAUGUGGAGCACUGUCAGAGUUUAUGAAUCAUAUUUAGAUGAAAUCUCUCAGAAGGAUUUUAUUUCUGGAUAUGAUUUUAGCUACUGUGAUGUGAAACCAUCAUCACCCACAAAAAAUCAAAGUAAACAGGAACCUCUGUGUUAAGGACAAAGGUGCCUCUACGUCUUGCACAGGAAAGGAUGAUCCCAAAGAAACAAAACAAGAAGAGCUCUACAUCUGAAUUAGACUCUCCUCAACCACAAAAUAUGUUCCAACAAAAAAAUCAUUUAUGCUCUUUGAUACUGAUAUAUACGUUAACUUGAAUUGAUAACAGCAUAGUCUCACUCCGGUAGCGUUAUAUUUUUAGUAUAGAUUUUAAUAAUAUUGUUGAUAUAAUUUGAUAAAAGACCAUUGCUAAUCCAGUAGAAAUGUAGUAUAGCACUAGUCAUGACUCUAAAGCCGGCAGUACUUAUCAAAUUAAAGGGAUAAAUAAUUGGAGAGCUUGGCAUUCUAAUUGCCAGACUCACAGAGCACAUAAAUCCUAGGGUUACUAUUUCCUGUUCACUUGUUUUGUAGCAGAGACUCUCCUAUAUGGUAAAUAAUGCUUAUGUUUUUAUAUGGUUUAAUUGAAAUGCUAGUAGUUUCAUCUAUAAACAAUCCCAUACAGUUGUUUAAUUAUCCAAAAUGUGGAGAUUUAA